AACUGUCUUUUUUAACUUUAUCGUGUUUUGAAUCUUUGUUGUUUUCUGAUUUCUCGUUACCUGUUCAUUCGUGACAGUUGAAAAAUCAAGCACCAGGAUUUAUUUCGCGUGGAGCAGUUUGGAUGGAGUUUUUAGCGGCGAAAGAGCCGCGAACUUAGGAUGUCUUCAGGCGCAUCACGCGCGACGACACCAGGAUGCUUUACAAGCACAGCAAGCACCUGAGUGGACGAUACAAGAAGUCUGCACAUCACUUGGUCUGGCUCCUCUGUCUUUGGGUUCACCUCUUGCCUCAAGUGGAUGGCUUCUUUAUGUCUAAUGCUAAGGCUGUCCUGCAAGGGUGUGAUGACUACUGGACCUUACAGGAGAAGGAGCGUAUGCCUCUGCUCUUUCAAACCACGGUAUGCGUGGACAUACAGGUCCUUUCCCCAGGUGAGUGGACAGCAUUUAACUAUGUCUCGGCCCCUGCACCCAGCUAUGAACUUGCUCUCCAAGGGGAUGCAAACAACCUGUACGCCUGGUUGUUGGGUGUACGCCACCAGUUCCCUGUCCAGCUAACCACUAAUCGCUGGUACCACAUAUGUCUACGGUUGGAUGCCCCUCGCAAAAGCUUCAGCCUGACGAUAGGUGGCAACUCGGAAGUAUUCCAGCGGACCGUCAUUGCCCGAACAAUCCGUCCUUCAGGGCGUCUUCUGCUGGGUUGCCAACCAAACAAAGCCUCCCCUGGGGCAAAAAUGGCCACCGUGGAGCUCUACCUGUUCCGCAUUUGGGACGAUGUUGGUGAGCACAAAGCCUGCGAGGAUGGGACAGUGAUUGGCUGGGACUCACGACUUUGGGCCAUCACACGAGCCCAGGCUAGAGUCCAAGAUUAUACAUUGCAAUGUGGUCUAGGGCAUCUGCGUAUGAAACGCAGUGCAGACAGUACUACAACUUCAUCCACAUCCCAAGUUUCAGCCAGCACCCCAGACUUUGUCUCGACAUCUAGUCCACUCCAAAUGAUUUUGACUUCAAUAAUCACUGGUUCACUGAAAUCCAUCACCCAAGGACAGAGCCUUCAAUCUUUGAACCAGGCCUUAAACACAGUCUCUGCUUCAACCCCACAAGCCAGAACCACACCAGAUCCUGCAGGACUCUCUACAACAACUUCUAUACCUCCAGUGACUCUCAGUGCACCAACACAAAUUCCCCUCACAUCAGAUACUACAUUAAACAAUCUUACACCCACUAUUCAGGCUGUUUCAGCUGUUAACACUAGUGGAUUAAACACGUCCGCUCCAACUCCAGCCUCACCUAUGUCUUACAUAACCACUCAAACUACCCAGAGCACGUCAACAUCUGCCCAGUCACUUUCAAGCUAUCACACUAGCCAACCAGUCAGCACUUUUGAAACAACAGUCAAUCAUAUGACAGAAAUCUCUUCCACUGCACCAACUGUCGCGACUCAAGUAACCAAUCAGACAGCGCUUCUACGAACAACGAUGUCCAAUGUAUUAUUCACAGAGCCAUUUGCAGUACAGUGUAACUUUUCCCAGUCCUGCGCUAAUGAAUCAUCAUACUAUUGGAUGCUUGUGGAGGUGAAAGGCUCUAAUAUGACGGAGGGAGAGAUUCAAAAUUGGUUUUCAGAUCUUUUUCAUGAAAGCAUCUGCUCUGUUGGAGUUUCAACUACAGGAAUUGAAACUACAUCAUGUCAAACUGACAUAGUCUUUGUGAAUACUGAAGUUAAAUGUGAAGCCAAGCAGAACAUUCAAAGGACAAAUUGCACUGUGCUACUACAGCUGAGCCAACCUGUGAAUACAUGCAUCCUCCAAAGACUUGUGCAAAACAGGACUAUAAACUCAUAUAUACAAAUCCAGCUUCUGGGAGAAGUAGAAAGAGUGGGCAAAGGACUGUGCCCAGAGCACGAUAUUGCGCCCUCUGGAGGGGGUUUUGUGUACUGCACAUCUCCAAUGUCUUAUGAAGAUUUCUGCAAGACCCAGGGUCCUGUCAGUGUGACAUGUUCUUAUAAUGAGAAUGGUUUCAUUCCUAAAGAAUUCACUAAUCAAUUCUGCAAUGAUGAGAACCAACAAUAUUGUGAGUGUCACGUGUCUACCAACAGUGAGACCUAUUAUGCUGUUCGUCUAAAUAUUACAAGCCCAGAUGUGAAUUUCAUCUACAUUCAGAACAUGGUUGUACAGUUGAGCACUCCUUGCAACAAUUCCAGUAUGCAAGGACAAUAUACCAACAUCAUCUAUCAGUACAACAAAUAUGACACACAAUAUAAUAAUCCCACCAGUAAGCACAACAGGUACACCAUACAAAACAACAACCUCACCAGUCAGCACAACCUCACCAGUCAGCACAAGUACCACAAACAAUAUACCAACAUCACCAAUCAGUACAACAAAUAUGACACACAAUACAACAACCUCACCAGUCAGCACAACAGAUACAACAUACAAAACAACAACCUCACCAGUCAGCACAAAAGAUACAACACACAAUAUAACAACCUCACCAGUCAGCACAACAGUCAGCACAACAGAUACAACAUACAAAACAACAACCUCACCAGCCAGCACAACAGAUACAACACACAAUAUAUCAACAUCACCAAUCAGUACAACAAAUAUGACACACAAUAUGAUAAUCCCACCAGUAAGCACAACAGGUUCACCAUUCAAUACAACCACCUCACCAGUCAGCACAAAAGAUACAACAGACACUAUAAUAACCUCAUCAGUAAGCACAACAGUUACUUCAAACGAUAUACCAACAUCACCAUUCAAUACAAUCCCACCAGUAAGCAGAACAGGUACACCAUACAAUACAACAACAUCACCAGUCAGCACAACAGAUACAACACACAAUAUAAUGACCUCACCAGUCAGCACAACGGAUACAACACACAAUAUAACAACCUCACCAAUCAGCACAACAGAUACAACAAACAAUAUAACAACCUCACCAAUCAGCACAACAGAUACAACAAACAAUACAAGAACCCCACCAGUCAGCACAACAGAUACAGCAGACAAUAUAAUAACCUCACCAGUCAGCACAACAGAUACAACACACAAUAUAACAAGCUCACCAAUCAGUACACCAUACAAUACAACAACCUCACCAGUCAGCACAACAGAUACAACAGACUAUAUAAAAAGCUCCCCAGUCAGUACAACAGGUACCUCAAACAAUAUACCAACAUCACCAAUCAGUACAACAAAUAUGACACACAAUAUAACAAUCCCACCAGUCAGUGUAACAGUCAGCGCAACAGAUACAACAUACAAUACAACAACUUCACCAGUCAGCACAACAGAUGCAACACACAAUACAACAACCUCACCAGUCAGCAAGCCAGAUACAACACACAAUAUUACAAGCUCACCAAUCAGCACAACAGGUACAUCAAACAAUAUACCAACAUCACCAAACAGUACAACAAAUAUGACACACAAUAUAAUAAUCCCACCAGUAAUCACAACAGGUACACCAUACAAUACAACAACCUCACCAGUCAGCACAACAGAUACAACAAACAAUAUAAGAACCUCACCAGUCAGCACAACAGAUACCUCAAACAAUAUACCAACAUCACCAAUUAUUACAACAAAUAUGACACACACUAUAAUAAUCCCAACAUUCAGCGCAACAGAUACACCAUACAAUACAACAACUUCACCAGUCAGCACAACAGAUACAACACACAAUCCAACAACCUCACCAGUCAGCACAACAGAUACAACACACAAUAUAACAAGCUCACCAAUCAGCACAACAGGUACAUCAAACACUAUACCAACAUCACCAAACAGUACAACAAAUAUGACACACAAUAUAAUAAUCCCACCAGUAAGCACAACAGGUACGCCAUACAAUACAACAACCUCACCAGUCAGCACAACAGAUACAACACACAAUAUAACAACCUCACCAGUCAGCACAACAGAUACAACACACAAUAUAACAACCUCACCAGUCAGCACAACAGAUACAACACACAAUAUAACAACCUCACCAGUCGUUACAACAGAUACAACAAACAAUAUAACAACCUCACCAGUCAGCACAACAGGUACCUCAAACAAUAUACCAACAUCACCAAUUAUUACAACAAAUAUGACACGCAAUAUAAUAAUCCCAACAGUCAGCGCAACAGAUACACCAUACAAUACAACAACCUCACCAGUCAGCACAACAGAUACAACACACAAUAUAACAAGCUCACCAAUCAGCACAACAGGUACAUCAAACAAUAUACCAACAUCACCAAAAAGUACAACAAAUAUGACACACAAUAUAAUAAUCCCACCAGUAAGCACAACAGUCAGCAUAACAGAUACAACACACAAUAUAACCAGCUCACCAGUCAGCACAAGAGAUACAACAAACAACAAAAGAACCUCACCAGUCAGCACAACAGAUACAACACACAAUAUAACAAGCUCGCCAAUCAGCACAACAGAUACAACCUCACCACACAACAGGUACCCCAUACAAUAAAACAGCCUCACCAGUCAGCACAACAGAUACAACAUAUAACACAACAAACCUCACCAGUCAGCACAACAGAUACAACACACAAUAUAACAAGCUCGCCAAUCAGCACAACAUAUACAACAAACAAUAUACCAACAUCACCAAUUAGUACAACAAAUAUGACACACAAUAUAAUAAUCCCAACAGUCAGCGCAACAGAUAGACCAUACAAUACAACAACCUCACCAGUCAGCACAACAGGUACCUCAAACAAUAUACCAACAUCACCCAUCAGUACAACAAAUAUGACAAACAAUAUAAUAAUUCCAGGUACACCAUACAAUGCAACAACCUCGCCAGUCAAAACAACAGAAACGACAAUCAACACAACAAAUGCACCACAUAAUGUACCAACAUUAACGAUCAGUGCAACAAAUACAACACCUAAAAUAACAACCGCACCAGUAAGCACAACAGGCACACCGCUCAACCUAACUGUCACAAGACUCAGUUCAACAACCCCCAUAGUCAGUACGACAGCCACAACAAUUGACACAGUUGCUGCAACAGUCACAACACUUGAUAAAACUACAACAACACUCAACACAUUAACCACGUCACUUAAUACUACAGGUAUGCCACUCAUUACAACACCCAUACCACCUUCUGAGGUAGAAACAGCCACACCACCAAAUACAACAGCACAGAUAAGUGAAACUCUUACUACAACAGUUAGACCAUUAAAUGCAACAGUUGCACCUCACUUUACUACUGUCAUGCCACUCAUCUCAACUGCACUACAUUAUACAACAGAUACACCAUUCAAUACAACAGUGAAAAUUCCAAACUUAACUUUCACAUCCGAAAGUGUGGAAAAUGCAACACAAUCUAACACAAGUAAUUCUCAAAUCUCUGGCGCAAAGUCCACCACCACCCCAACCUUUCUGCCAAAUACAACGCUGUUUAACUUGACAGCACCAUUACACCUAAAUGCAACAGCACUCCCAUUAAACACUACACAACACACCUCCACAUUCACAGUACACUUAAAUACUACUGAGCAAGACAACACAACAAUAUUUAACACUACAUUAUUCAGUCACAUUGUAACAUCUCUUAUAGAAAAUAGGACGGAUUUAUCAAUACCUAAUGUGACAGAGGUUAACGGAACACUUAAAAUGACUACGAACCACAAAAACACAACAUAUUUAAAUGUGAGCUCUUCUGUCUUAAAUACCACAACACAAUUCCCACAUGUUACACAAUAUAACACAACCAGUCUAUUUGAAAAUGCAACACACUCAAAUAAUACAAGCCUAGCCAACACUACAGAAUCACCCAGUAACGUAAAUGAAUUAAACACAACUCAACCUCUUAACAGUACAUCUGAAUUCAAUACAACAGCUAGUCCUUAUUACACAACACAACUUCUGAAUGAUUCUACAGUGGAGGAGACCACAGAUGCUGAAACUGAUAUGACUACAGAUACCCCAGAAUUCAGUACUACAGUGGAUUCAUUUAACUUCACAAAUUUUAAUACAACUGAUUUCACUUAUUCCAACACAACAGACUCCCUGUUCAAUACAACUCAAUCAAAUACAACAUCUUCUGCAAUCAACAUAACCUUGUUUAACACAACAGAUGCACCACUGAAUGAAACCAAUUUUAAUGGGACUGAUGUCAAUCGUAGCAUCAAUACAACAGAGACCUCCAAUAACACACUGGAAUUGAAUACAACUGUAAGCCCUACAGUUAAUACAACACAGUUUGAUGUCACAAAUACAACACAGAUGCAUACAACAACCUUUCCUGCACCAGAAAAUAUCACCAGUGGGCCAAACAACUCCACUUUAGAGCCUUUUACAACAGUUAGUCUUCUUAACACAACACAGUCAAAUGACACAAUAGAAAAUGCCUUUACUGAAAAUAUAAUCACUAACACAACUACAGCGAUCAAUCCAAUUAACAUUCCAAACAGCAUAGCAACAAACACUACCGUAAUUAGCAUUGUCACAAAUAGCAGUACAGCUCCCACAACUGCUCCAUCAGUGAUACAUCCAAGCCCUCCUCAGAACAGCUCUACAACAGAAGCUCCAAUUGUUGCUCCAACUCCAACACCUAGCAAAAGCAACACAACAACAGAUACUACGAGGUCUGCCGUUUCAGCUGUGUCAAAAACACCAGCCACUACCAUGGCAACUACUACAGAAGCAACAACUAAAAGCCCAGAUACACUGUUUAGCAAUCUCCUGAACCAAACACAGAAUUUGGCAUCUUUAAAUUCAACUGAGGUCAAUCAGCUGAUCAGCCAGUUAGAAAAUCUUCUCUCCGCACCCAAUAUUAGUCUGGAUCUAGGCCGAACAGUGCUGUCUGUCAUCAACAACUUUCUAAACAGCUCUACAGAUACUGUGGCUGCCUCCUCAAACCGAUUAAUCAAAGCUGUGGAUAAUUUGGGUCUGAAACUUGUGAUUGGGGACCAGACUGAAAACAUUGCAUUUAAUUCACUUGCUUUGACUGUGACCAAAGUUGAUGGGACCAACUUUGGGAAAACAUCACUCACAAUUGCAGAUCCCUUAAACCCACAGGUGACAAAAGGACUUCAAAGACAAGUCAGGGCAGUGGAAAGUUCCUCCCCCCUGGCUAAAAUAACACUACCUGCAUCUCUGACAGAGAACCUCUCUCCAGAAGAAAAGAAGAUAGCCUCUAGAGUCCAGUUCACCUUCUUUCAGAAAAGCACAUUUUUUCAGGAUAAAACCCUGAGUACAAAGAGGCUGAACAGCUACAUUCUAGGCUCUAGUGUGGCUAACCUGUCAAUCAAAAACCUGAGGGAGAAUGUUAUAUUUACUCUGAGGAAUCAGCAGCCCAUUGCGGGGAACUAUGUAGCUUCCUGUGUUUUCUGGGACUUUGACCAAAACGGAGGUUUAGGAGGCUGGAAUGGCAGCGGCUGCUCUGUCACAAACAGCAGCACUGAGAACGAAACUGUCUGCAGCUGCAAUCACUUGACAAGCUUUGCUGUACUACUGGACAUUAGCCGGCAAGGUAUAUCUGACCGUUUGCAGAACACCAUCCUCACCUUCAUUACUUAUAUCGGAUGUGGCGUGUCUGCCAUUUUCCUCUCGGUUACGUUGAUCACCUACCUCGCAUUUGAGAAACUCCGCCAUGACAUCCCUUCGAAGAUCUUGAUCCAUUUGUGUUUCGGCCUGCUCAUGCUGAAUUUGGUAUUCUUGGUGGACUCGUGGCUGGCGCUGUACAAAGAUGCUGUAGGCCUGUGCAUUUCCACAGCCUUCUUCCUGCACUACUUCCUGUUGGUCUCCUUCACCUGGAUGGGACUGGAGGCUCUGCAUAUGUACCUGGCCAUCGUCAAAGUCUUCAACAACUUCAUGUCCCGAUACAUGCUAAAAUUCUCCCUGGCAGGCUGGGGAAUCCCUUUGGUUGUCGUCAUUAUUGUGAUUGCGGUGAACAAAGAUAACUAUGGCCUCGUAAGCUAUGGGAAAUUUUCUGACGGAACUACAGAUGAGUUUUGUUGGCUGAGCAAUGACAUCGCAUUCUAUGUGGCCGUUGUGGCGUACUUCUGCGUCGUAUUUGUGUUGAACCUGGCAAUGUUCGUAGUGGUGAUGGUCCAUCUGAGACGAAUCAAGCGCCGAAACCCUCACAAUAAUCUGUACCGCAGCGGCUUGCAUGACCUUCGUAGCAUCGCAGGACUUACUUUCCUGCUCGGGCUUACAUGGGGCUUUGCCUUCUUCGCCUGGGGACCGGUCAAUUUGGCCUUUUCAUACCUGUUUGCCAUCUUUAAUUCCUUGCAGGGCUUUUUUAUUUUUGUUUUCCACUGUGCUCUGAAAGAAAAUGUCCGUAAACAUUGGAGAAUGUACCUCUGUUGUGGCAGUUUACGAUUGGCUGAGAAUUCAGAGUGGAGUCGGACAGCCACACAGAGCAACCACACUAAAAAGACUUCGAUCAUGACGGCAGAUUCAGGGACCCGCAGUGUACCCCGAAGCUCAGUGAGCAGUGAUGAGUCAGUGCCAUCCCAAGGCAUCGGCUCAAUGCUGGAUGACAGUGUGAUCAUGUCAGGGGAAGCAAAUGACGAUGUGAUCAUCAAUGAGAUGAACAGACAAAUCUAUUCUUAGAAGAGGAUUAUAAACACAAGACAGGAAAAUAGGUGAAGAAACAGACCUUUUCUAUCAGGCCUGAAAAAAAAAUGUAUUACCAAGAUGAGAAUCUAAUGACUCGGCUCAAAAUAUCUUCUCAUCAGUUUGUCUGAAUCAAUGUUACAUGCAUUAAAGCUUUCAGCAUUUAGCUUUAUAGCCAGACAUUUCGUUAUCUGUUAGAACUGGGCUGCUCACAGCAGAGUAAUGAAUAGCAAGAGCAUGUACCUAUGGGAGUCAAUAUGUAAGAAGAUCUCUCUGUACCGAGAAGUGAGGUAUAUUACGCUUUUGGGGUUUUAAACUCCUAUAUAUUUUCAGCAAACAGUAUUAAACACCUCUUCUGCAAAAAAUAAAUGAAGCACAGAUGAUGCAUUGCAUCAGAUGGUACUUAAUAAAGGUUUUAUAAUUGAUGAAGGACUACAUUUAAAAUGAAGGAAAACAUUCGGUCUUAAAAAGCAUGUAUAUCUGUCAGACACCUUGUAGAAAGACUGAGAUACAGUAUGUUCUGUUUUCCAUAUAGCUCUUUAUUUUUAUAGUCACUCUCAGUUUUGUAGUUUUUACAUAGAGGAAAAAUAUAAUGAAUAUGCUAAUGGAUCAAAAAAUGUGUUACAUGUAAUCAAAUUUGCUUUCUUUGUACUGCGUAAAACAGAAUUUGCCUGAAAUUAUUUUUGAGUAGCAUAAGGGUUCUGUUUAGCCAAAAAAAAAAAAAGUAAUAUGAUUUAUCAUGUUUUUAUAUAUUUUUUAACAGUUAUGUAGUUUUAUAAAUGUACGAUGAUUUCACAUUUGUACGUUUUAGGCAGAGUUGGGAAUCUGAGAUUCU